UCCCGUAGCCCACACGGCGCGAUUAACUUGAAGUCUGCUUCAACUUCCAAGUGUCACCACAGCGAAGCAUGCACUGUUAUUCUACUGUUUGGACAUUCAGCGCAAAAUAAUCAACCACACUACACAGAAGACACUACAAGUUGUUUCACCGUGUGGAAGAUGUGCUCUCUGGCCUUGUUUCCUGCCCCGCUGCCCUCCGGACAGACCACUCUGUGCGAGUCCAACAACGAGCUGCUGUCAGGAACCACUGAAGACCGACUGAAACAGGACUCCAGUCCUCUGAGUUUGUAUUUCCCCCGAGAGUCUCUGAAGCUUCACAGCCGCACAGAAAGCAGCAGCAAGGCGGCCUUCCUGGACCACUCUGAAACACUGUGGAUGAGGAGUGCAGCAGCCUGGCGGGAUGGUGGUUUUACAGGACUGCUCGAGGAAAUUACCAACUCAAAUACAGAAGUGCCCAAAUGCUUGUCAGUGAGUUCUGGUUGUAUCCUUGCAUUGCUGAGAUGGUUCUCUUCCUUUCACGGCUCCUUGUUUCCUCAUCUCACAAUGAGCAGUGAGGACAUGCUUGCUGAGUUUUCACAAGUGUUGAACUGGUCUGACUGUGUCGUUCGUGCCUUUGCCUGGCAUCCUCACACAGAUAAAUUUGCUGUAGCCCUACUGGACGACUCAAUUAAGAUCUACAACCCCAAAAGUGCCACCACCCCAACACUGAAGCACCGUCUACAGAGGAGUGUUGCAGCUGUGCAGUGGAAGCCGCUGUGUGCGUCUGCACUCGCUGUCGCUUGUCAAAACUGUUUACUGGUCUGGCACGUGGACCCCUGCUCGCUGUCAACCAGGCCUUCGUCUGGCUGUGCUCAGGUUUUGUCUCACCCCGGUCACUCUCCCAUCACUUCCAUCGCCUGGUCUCCGAGCGGAUCUCUCCUCGUGUCGGCCUCGCCUAUGGACACCGCCAUGAUGGUUUGGGAUGUAGCUUCAGAGAGCUGUGUGCCUCUUCAGCGUGUUGGAGGAGGCGGGGCCACCUUUCUGUCCUGGUCCCCUGAUGGCAGCCACGUCCUGGCCUCUACACCGUCCGCCUUGUUCAGGGUUUGGGAGACGAGGAUGUGGACCUGUGAGCGCUGGCCGUGUCUGAAAGGGCGCUGCCAGUCUGGCUGUUGGAGUCCAGAUGGGAGACGACUUCUCUUCACCGUACAGGGAGAGACGGUCAUCUACGCUCUGACCUUCACUGAUUUACCAGCAGGCGUACCUACAUGCACAUCAAAAGGGCCGCAGGCAGCAGUGGUGGUGGCCGACCUAUCAGAGACGACCUUUAACUCACCAGAUGGAGACAUCAUUGUUGGUGGAGAGAUCCAGUCUUUGUCCUGGGACCCAACAGGAGAGAGACUCGCAGUGCUUCUCAAAGGUGAUCCACAAGCAGCUGGCCGGCCUGCAGUCAUAGCCGUGUUCAAGACAAGAACCAGCCCCAUUUUUGAGCUUUUACCUUGUGGUUUUGUUCAAGGGGAGUCCGGAUCAGAACCGAGACUGAUGCAGUUCCACCCAAACUUCCAGCACGGAGCUCUCCUCACUGUGUGCUGGUCGAGUGGAAGAAUCACCCAUGUGCCUUUCUACUUCCUGAGUUCUGGCGUCCCACAGUUUGGCCUCAGUGGCAGCCCGUCACUGCCCCGCCCCCAAGAGCGGCCGGCAGACUUCGCCAAUCAGUCGCUCUUCACAGAGCUCCUCUCCUGACCGACCCUCGCACAUCAUCACACACUCAAAUACAUUUUGUUAUCAUAGAUUGUCAAUAAAGCUGUAAAGAUUUAGACUG